AUGAGCACUCAAACCGCAACAGAGACCAUGGAGGUCAUGUCUGUGCCAGCGGACAUGCUCGCCCUCCGCCCGGUUGAGCAACCACUCUGGAUUGCCAUUCCCAGCCUCGCGAAAACUACCAUCACCGGCCACACCAAUGCACGAUUCCACCAGAGAGUCACAUUGACCGACGUCAAACUCCAGAAAGCCUACGUCUUCACCGGAUCAGGCGAGGACGAGAUGGCCAUGGCGAUCCAGGGCUCCAACGAAAAGGGGACAGUGCAGCUGCAGGUCCUGGAAGGCGAGCAACCGUACCGCAUGCUCUCGGUACUCUGCGAGUUCUCAUCUCAGGGACCCGACGGCCGCCUGGAGCGAUCCAAGGUCCUGGCGCCCCGAGUCCUGUGUGAAUACCAAGAACCCCAGCUCCUGAAGCGAAUGACAUGGGAGAUCUGCAGCGAGGAUGGCGUCGACUCCGACUACAAUGACUCUGUGAUUCGUAUCACGGCAGACAUUAACCUCCAAAUUUAA